CCCACAAAAUGGCGGACGGUCCAAACCCUUUCGAAGAUGAUCUAAUAGAAAAUGAAUUUGAAAGUCCAGAAAAAGAAAAAUUUCUGAAGACAGAACACCGCGAGUCAACGGAUGUAACAUGGGACUCUAUCGCAUCAAAGUUAUUAAAGGACAAUUAUAUACUAACUGCUUUAGAAUUGCACACUGAAUUGGUAGAAACAGGCAGGGAAUUGCCUCGCCUCAGAGAUUAUUUCUCUAAUCCUGGAAAUUUUGAAAGAACGAAGGAUGACAGUCCAUCACCAACACUCCCCCGUACUUCCAGUGUCCAAACAUUUGAUUCUCUGGAUUUUGCAAGAUAUUCUGAUGAUGGUGAGAGACAAGUGGAUGAAAGAGUGGCAGUUUUGGAAUUUGAAUUACGAAAAGCUCACGAAACCGUUCGAUCUCUGAGAGCAACUUUAACUAUGGAGGCUGAAAAGGAAAUGACAACUCCAGAAUUUACAGACACAAGUCAAGGGAUGGCUACAGAUGAUGUGAUGAGGCCAAUGGAAAGUCGAGCCCUUAAUUUUCUUGUUAAUGAAUAUCUCUUGCUCAAUAAUUAUAAGCUCACAUCAGUUACUUUCUCAGAAGAGAAUGAACAACAGGAUUUUGAAGAUUGGGAUGACGUAGGAUUAAAUGUAGCUAGACCACCUGAUUUACUGUCUUUAUUCCGUGAUUUUGGUAAUCAUGUUAUGCCUAUUAAAGAAACACAUAAUGUAUCAUGUGAAACUGAUAUUAUUGAUGAACAUUUAGAAGAAAUGGAGAUGGAUUGGACGGAUACAAAAAAACAACUUGAACAUAGAAUAAGUGAUUUAGACGAAGAACUUCAGCUAUAUAUGCAAGAAAGAGAUGUUUUAGCUGAACAAGUGAAAAUACUCAAAAUUGGGCCGAAUAGAAACAUUCCCAACCAUUCCACACCUCUUGCUGUAAAACAAGAUCGCUCAGAAUCCGUCACCAGCUCCAUCAGUUUCUCUAAUAUAUCUGAGACUGCAACCAUUACAGAUUCAGAGGCUAGUUAUCAACCAAUCACAGAUAGCGAAGCAACUUCUCCUCAAAGUGAUGUCAAUGGUGCAGAUGAGGAUAUUACCAUAGUUACCAAUGGAAAUAUGGAUGAUAGUUUACGAUUGGAUGAUGAUUUUAAAACAGAUGUUGUUGAUGAUGCAGGAGGGGGUCAUAGUAUCUUAGAGGAUAGAACAGUUGUUGAUAAUUCUCAUGAUAGGAAAAUGACAGCUACUUUCAGACAGGCAUUACAAGAAGUUGCAUUCCAUGUUUCACAUGAUAAUAGAAUAGCUGCAGAAGUGUCAAAGAUUGGUCAUUCUGGUGGAGAAAGUGUGGUAACAAUGUUAGGAAGAUGUCUACCUCAUAUUGUUCCAAAUGUUUUACUAGCAAAAAGAGAGGAAUUAAUUCCAUUGAUAAUCUGUACUGCCAUGUUGCAUCCUGAUUCCAAAGAAAGAGAUCAAUUAUUAAAUAUUUUAUUCAAUCUUAUUAAAAAACCAGAUGAAGAUCAAAGACAAAUGAUUUUAACUGGGUGUAUAGCCUUUGCAGAACAUGUGGGUCCAACAAGAUUGGAAGCAGAGUUACUACCACAGUGUUGGGAACAGAUUAAUCAUAAGUAUGUAGAAAGAAGAUUACUUGUAGCUGAAGCUUGUGGUGCUUUAUCUUCUUAUUUGCCGAGUGAGAUACGAAGUUCAUUAUUAUUAUCAAUGUUAACACAGAUGUUACAUGAAGAUAAAGAUGAAGAUGUACGAGAAUCAGUUGUUCGUAGUUUAGGUUUAUUAAUAGGUUUUAUCUGUGAUAAUGAUAAAUACAGCCAGGGUUUUGAAUUAUUACACAAGUCGUUAAAAGAUGGAUCUGAGAAAGUUUUAUCAGCAGCUCUACAUGUUUUACUUCCAUCAUUUGCUACCUGGUCAUAUGAACUGGGUAAACUAGAACAUCAUCUACUACAUACUAUACUACGAGAACUUGAGGACAUAGAAGGUUGUUUAUCAUGCUGUACUAACAAAUAUAGCAGUAAUAAUCCUGGAAUUAUAGCAGCACAAAGAUCUUCAACCUAUACCAAUCUUCCAUUAGAUGAACAUAGAUUUCUACUUUUACUUUCACAAUUACAAGAACUGGUUCCAUUCCUUUUUCUCUCCGUCCUAGAAACAGGUCCUUAUUGUGACAGUUUGGCAACAGUUGAACAUAAUCAGGAAUUAGAUGUAUGCAGAUUUCCUGAUGCAAGUUGUCGUUUAUCAGAUAUAUUUAUUAUUAUUGGUGAUGAUAGACAUCUGUCAAAUCUAGUAUAUCUGUAUGAAGAUUAUAUAUCUCAGGAAUGGUUUGAAUCAUGGGAUCAGUUGAACUGGGUUGUUAAUAAUUUAAUACCUCGAUUAUUAGAAAUAACCGAAGGUGUUGGUCUUUCAUUUAAUAAAGUAGUUGGUGCAUUAUGUAAAUUAAUUCAGAGAAUAUGUAAAACAUUUGGUCAGUCAUUUACUCAAAAUAAGAUUAAACCUAAGUUUGAAGAAUUAGUCAAUUUACCGGACAAUUUUUUAGAUCAUCAAGUAAAUUUAGGUCAUACAGCUUUAACAACGUGUAUUAUACCAGUAUAUUCAGCAGGUGUAUUAACAUGUUUUAAUACAGAAAAAGAACGAGAAUAUUUAGGCCAGUUUUUAAAAAAUGUAUUGUUUACAUUAUCAUUUUGUCGAGCACCACUAGAUGGAUUGAAGGCAGCUUUUGUUGAAUUAGGAUCUAACCCAAACAAUCAUGAAUUAUUAUUAGUAGUAUUAUGGGAGGGAGUGGUACAUACUUCACCACUAGUCAGAGCAACAGCAGCUUCUAUGUUUGAGCUUUUAAUCAAAGGUAUUGAUGAUACAUUAAUAUCAACACGUGUAGUACCAGCUUUAGUUACGUUAGCUAAUGAUCCAGAAAUCCCUGUUAGAAUCUCAACUAUACCAUCAGUUGGUGCUAUAUUAGAAAAUAUCACAAAUAGAAGGGUAUUGGAUAGAGUGUAUAUGCAGCUUCAAACAUUUUUUGAUGAUCCUAUGUAUCGUGAUCAACAUGAUAUGCAGGUUGAAUUGAUACGAACUUUAGCUAGAGUAGGUGCUAAUACAGAACCCAAGUUCCGUGAAGAAUUUCUUCUACCAAGACUUGCUGCAAUGGCUCUUGCCAAUAAUAAUACAGCUAAUGAAACAAAGAGAAGAGAUAUUGCUAUGCAGUUAUUUGAAGCGUACAGUGCUAUGUCAUGUUGUUUCAUCAAUGAUCAGUUAAUUGUAGAAGCUAUGUUACCAGGUCUAAGAUGUUUAAAACAAGAUAUGGCUCUUAUAGCAACAGAACAUGAAGAAGUUGUCGUAUCCAUGAUUAAAGAGUAUGAAACUAAGAUGGAUACUAAUAGAAUGGUUGAAAGAAGUGGAAGUAUAUCAUCAGUUAACACAAUGUCCGCAGAAGAUGUGCGCCAGCGCGUCAUGUCAAAAUUUAAAGAUUCUAAUAUUUCUAAUAUAUUUAGUCGUAAAAAGUAAACUUAUAGCUUAAGACAUAAAUAUAUAUAUAUGUGUAUAUAUAUAUUGUUACUAAUAGCUGUAUAUUAACUCAAAAGUACAAAACAAAUUGUUUAACUAUUGAAAGGAAUGAGUAGUGGUAGACUGACUAUGGAUAGGCCUAUAAAAAGUUAAAGAUGCAUUAUGUAAGAAUUAGAUAAAGAACUGACCGUUCUUGCUAUAAUAGUUUAAAGAUCGGUUAAAUUACUUUAUUCUGGCUUAUGUUGUCCAAUACACUCAAUAUCUUUAUCCGAGAUAAUGAUAAGUUACAGUGUAUAUACCAUUUGAAGGUAAAAAAAUGAUACAUAAUGUAUCAUUAAUAAUCUGGAUAAGUCUAAAUUAUUCCUGAUAUCUCAUAGUUGAUCUUGUUAUGUCAACCACAUGCUUUUCAAUUAUAAGAAAACUGUUCAUCGAUCACCUUAACUAAUUAAACAGAUUAAGGUGCAACUCUCAAACAAGAUUUACAAUCAUCUAGUUAUAAAAGUAUUGUGUUUUCAUUAUCAGUUGUUUUAAUGGUAUAAAAUAAUACCUUUACCCAGAUCUAAAUGCAGUAACGCUACUGGAAUAGCUUAACUAUAAGGGUGUAAAAUCGAAUUCUCUUCAACAGAUUUGUCACAGGCGUACAUAUAUAUUUAAGGGCUGUCGAACAAAAUGUGUACCGAAUUGCCCAGAUAUUGUACUGUUUCCUGAAAUAUUUCUGAUUAUUACCCCAAAAUAGCUUAUUUGGCUUGGAAAAAUGGCUUUUGAACUCCAGAUCCCAUCAACAUUAACUUGGAUCAGAAAUUCAGAUCAAUAUUUUUGAUCUCUAACCACUCCACUAUUAUUAAUAUAUAAUUUAUAAGUAUAUAAUUUAUAUAAUAUAUAAAUAUGGAUAAAUUUUGAUUUUUAUACGCCCACAUUGAAAUGUGGUCGUAUUUUGUCGUCGCCCCCGUCCGUCCGUCGGUCCGGCGUCCACAAUUGCUUGUGGACGCUCUAGAGGCUAAAGUUAAUAUCCGAUUGACUUUAAAUUUUUACACAGUGUUUAAGGUCAUGAGACGAAGAAGCCUAUGGAUAAUUACUGCCAGAGUUAUGGCCCUUGAUCGCUUCAAAAAAUCUUGUGGACGCUCUAGAGCUCAGAGUUAAUAUCCGAUUGACUUUAAAUUUAUACACAGUGUUUAAGGUCAUGAGACGAAGAAGCCUAUUGAUUUUCAGCGAUUUCCGAUAAUUACUUCCAGAGUUAUGGCCCUUGAUCAUUUCAAAAAAUCUUAUGGACCCUCUAGAGGUCAAAGUUAAAAUCCGAUUAAUUUUAAAUUUAUACACAGUGUUUAAGGUCAUGAGAUGAAGAGCCUAAUGAUUUUCAGCGAUUUCCGAUAAUUACUGCCAGAGUUAUGGCCCUUGAUCACUUUGAAAAAUCUUGUGGACUAUAGAGGCUAAAGUUAAUAUCCGAUUGAGUUUAAAUUUAUACACAGUGUUUAAGGUCAUGAGACGAAGAAGUUUAUUUCAUUUUCAGAGAUUUUUGAUAAUUACUGCCAGAGUUAUGGCCCUUGAACACUUCAAAAAAUCUUGUAAAUGCUCUAGAGGCUAAAGUUAAUAUCCGAUUGACUUUAAAUUGAUACAGAGUGUUUGAGGUCAUGAGACGAAGAAUCAUAUUAAUUUACAACGAUUUCCGAUAAUUACUGCCAAAGUUAUGGCCCUUGAUCACUUUUAAAAACCUUGUGACCCUCUAGAAGCUAAAGUUAUCAUCCGAUUGACUUCAGAUUCAUACACAGAGUGUAAGGUCUUGAGACAAACAAGUAUAUUGAUUUUCAAUGAAUUUUUAUGACUUGAACAGCUAAAUCCAUGAUGUUAAAAGUUUCCUAUACUAAACGUUAGCAUGGGGCAAAACUUUAUAAAAACCAAACAAAUUCUAUUGGUUUUCUGAUAAUUACUUAAUGAGCUGUUACUCUUUUCAGAUUUUAAUGUAUUAUAAAUGUUUCAUUACCGAAAAAAGUUAAAAUAUGUGACAACUCUUGUUGACUGCCCGGACGAGUUAGCUGCUGUGGGCGUAUGUUUCGUUGCCUGGCAACCUAUCUUUAUGUACUGUACUGGUAUACAGCUUUUUAUGUGCAACCUCUUUUAAUUGAGUGAAAUGUGUCAGAUUAAAAUAAUGUCAUUAUCUUUCUGUAUUAGAAAUGUGAUCUUUUUACAUUGAGCCAAUUUAAAGUGUGGUUUAAUUUGGUUAAGCAAAAAACAAUAAAUUAAAGGGAAAUUUGGUAAACAAACUGAGUUACGCUUAUUCUGCCACUUGAUUGAUAAAGAGGACAGUGAGAGUACCAUCGUUGAAAAGUUGCUAGUAUAAUAAACCAGUAAUUAUUAUCCAUAUACCGUACAUGGUUGUGUUUCUACCAGUAUGAAAAAAAAGGUAUUGUAAAUGUAAUACACAGUUGAUAUAUUAAUGUAUGAUAUAAUAUAUGUAUAUGUACAUAUGUGCAACAUUUGUUAUUACAAGUUAUCACAUUUAUGUAUAAUAAUAUUGUUAUGUAUAAAUAUUUUUAUCAAAUUAUUUUAAUAAGGCGCUUCUUGUGAAGUAAUUAUGUAUGCAAAGUUUGUAUUAUAGUAAGCUUUAUACAGUUUAUAUAUUUCUGAGUCAGCAUAUAUGUAUAUUUUUGUCAAUGAAUAUUUAUUAUAAUAAUGAAGCUGUGUGAAAAAUGGAGAUGUGUAUAUUUAAUAUAGUUUAAUGGCGUGUAGCAUCAUUUAAUAUGAUAGACGGAUGAAAACCCUAAAUGACACACAAACACACCCUGCAAAGUACAGUGUGUUUUUAAUUGUACCAUUUAUGAAAACUUCUGUACCUUUCCCUCUCUACAUGGGUUAUUAAAAAAUUACCAUUUAUUGUACGAAAAUAUUUAUGGAUUAAGCAAGAAGGCUUAGUCAUUUUUGUUAUAAUUGAAUUUAACAAUAAUAAGGUCUGAAAUAUGCUCUUUACACAAGAAAAAAAAACUUAGGUUAGAUUAGAUGCCAUCUUCCAAUCAAUAUUCAUGGAUCAAAAAUUUUUAUUCUUCAGUAAUUUACUAGUAAUUUACUGACAUUCUAAGACCAGAAUUCGAAAAGAUGAUGUCAUAAAAUCAGUAGAAAGUAAUGACAACAUUGGAUCUACAUGACUUACCGGUAUAUUAGUAUGAAUCAGUUUUAAUAAUCUUUGGACCAGUAUGCUUUUUGUUAAGAUUAACUUUUGAUGUGUAGAAACUGAAAAUCUAUAUUUGCCUUUUAGUUUGGAAUAUUGUGCCUUUAAUAUAUUCAUGGUAUUGACUAAUGUAUCAAGUAAAAUCUAUUUAAGCCAUUCUAAAUUAGAUUAUAUCUGACCAUGUUCUAAAUUAGAUAAUCAGAUCAUGUUCUAAAUUAGGUUCUCUGAUCAUGUUCUAAAUUAGAUUAUCUGAUUAUGUUCUAAAUAAGAUUAUCUGAUUAUGUUCUAAACUAGAUUCUCAGAUCAAGUUCUAAUUAGAUUUUCAUAUCAAGUUCUAAUUAGAUUUUCAUACCAUGUUCUAAAUUGGAUUCUCAUAUCAUGUUCUAAAUUAGUUUCUCUGAUCAUGUUCUUUAAAAUUUGAGACAAAUAUGAUAAGAACAAUUUGUAUUUAUUUUGUUUGUUUAAAGCUGGUAUAGAAAUGGGAUUAUGGACAUCUAGUUAUUUUAAGGAGUUGUUUGGCCAUAUUUUUAAAGGUUUUUUUUAUGGUACAGCUAUAUAUCUUUUAAAGGGUUUUGUCUUGUAUGGUUUUGCUUGUAGGAUAUUUUGUUUUUCUGUUGAGAUGUAGAUAACUAAUUUAUAUGUGAAAUUAAUAAUAUUGUAGGUCUUCCUCAAAAAUAGAUAAAAAAAAAAUCUACUUGGCAGAUGGUUCGUAGCUAGAGAGAACUACAGUAUGACCAUAUUCAACAUGCUGCAUUUGAUCACCAAGAUUUGUAGUUAUGUAAGCAAACUAGACACAUGCUAAAAAAAUAACCACCAUAAUCAAUGAGAAUAAUCAAUUGAAACAGAUUUCAGUGCUUUGUUUUUUUCAUUCUGAAUGUAUAUGUAGGAAACCUUUGAUCCUUUGGUAAUCACUGGGCAUGUAUAAUUCAGUGGGGGUCAAAUUAUAAAUGGCACAUCUUUAUGAAUGAGUUAAUUGAUGCAAAGUAUAUUUUCCAGUUAAAUAUAUGCCCUUUUGACUUUUACUGCCCCUUACCUCCUUUUCGAUCAUCAAUAACUAACGCCACCCCCCCCCCCUUUUUUGUUCACAGAAAUAUGGUAAAGGUUUAUUAUUGUAAAAGAGCUAGUUGUCAGUGUAAAACCUAUAAAUUUGAAGGGGGUACACAGACAGUAUAAAGAUGAUGUUCCAAAAAUCUUUAGUAAUCUUAUACACCUUCGCCCAUGUUGGUUAAUUUCCGUUGAUCUCUAAAGGUUCUUCUCUAGGUUUAUUAAUUCCAUUUAGGGUGUACAGUGUCUUUAUUCUACAUAAUUAAUAUUAUUCAGAAAACAAACCAUGAAUUUAUAUUCACCCGGGUAUAAAACCCUAAAAAUAUGUGGGCCAAAUGAGACUGUAAACAAUGUAAUGACAGGUGAAAGUAAAUAGUUUAUAGAAGACCUAUGUACAUUAGAUCAGGUAAAUCCAGCUAUUUGUGAUGUUACAACAAUCUGAUUGUUUUACAGAUGGGAUUCUUAUUUGUUGCUCUUUGAUUUUUUUUAUUAUUCAAUCAUGUUCUUUUUACUAUAGAUUUUUAGUCUAUAAUAGAUUUUGUGUUUGUAUGUGCAAUGUAUAAAUAAUGACUGAAAUGAAAUUUAUUUAGUGGAUUUAUAUACUGGCACAUUUUAUUUAGUGCCGCCACCACUGUUAACAAAUCUUGUUAGCGUCUUGGAGGCUUCAGUUGUGAUCCAGUCCUUGUUGUUUAACUCAUUCCCAUAGGUGUUUUCUAUAGGAUAUCAAUUUAUUCAAACUAAAAUAAGAUAUUUGUGGUCAUGGUGAAGCACAUACAAUACAAACUCGACUGGAUAUUUGAUAUACCACAUUUGAAACACCUACAUAUAUUACUGAUUAGCGAAGCCUUUGUUUUAGCACCAAUAAUAACUAUUGACUUAUUCAACCUGAAAUUUUAAUUACCUUUUGCAUAGAUUAAUACGUAGUGACAACAUAUGGUUGUAAAGGGAAUAAUUCCAUUGUUGUGCAAUGAAAUAAUAUCGACAUAAUAAAUGUACAAUUAAAUUAAUAUGCAUAUCUUAACUUAAUCCCAUUAUUUAUUUCAUUUUUUUAAUACAUUCCUACAAUACAAUUGAUAUAAUCUUUCAUUUUGUUUUAACUGAUAAAUAUUAAUUCUCCAUGAAA